AUGUUCUACCAGACUGGCUCGGAGAAGUCCAAACGUGGAGCUGGAGAAGAAACCACCAUUUUUCCAUUCCAGCUGCUCCAUCAGCCAGGAAAGAAAGAUGAGAAGAUGAAACCUGGAGCUCAGCCUGCACUGACGGAGGAAUCCUCCAUCCAGAUCGACUCUCCUGGACGUGUCCUCACCGACCUCCUUCUAGCUUCUCCUGCAGCUUCACCAGGAGACCUGCAGGUCGUGACCGACCGGUCCAGCCACCAAAAGGCCAGAUUCAGGAAAGUCAACAAGUUCAAGGAUCUGCGGUACCGGUCUUUCAGGGGCGGGGACCAGCAUAAAAGCAGAGCGACUCCAACACGAGCAUCAGAGCCAGAGCUGGAACCCAGAUCCUCCUCCGUCCUCCCGCCUUCAUCUGGACGUCUCAUUCCCUGCAGCCGAGCAUCAUCCAGAUUCUUCUUCUGUGGUUCCUGCUGCCGAGUUGGUUUGUCCCCAGCAGACUCCAGCAUGCUGAAACCCGGACAGCUGGUCUUCCUACUGGCAGCCAGCCAGGUUGGCCUCCACCUGUCUGCCCUGGCCGUUGGAGCAGGACAGGUGGACAUCAGCCAGUGUCCCAUCACUUUAUUUGGACGUGAAUACUCAGAGAUGGAGGUUUCCUACGACGCCUCCCAGCUGGCGUUUUGCUCGGUCGGGUCCAGUCCAGACUGCCUCUACUUGGAGAAUCCACAGCUUCAGCAAGCGUCUGUAAAAGUUGUUGCCAAGGCAACAAAUCCUGGAUCACAAGUCCACACGGCCCUGCCCUACAUCCAGUCUGCUUCCCCCUGCUGGGUAGAAGUGGAAGUGCAGGACCAAGAUAACAGCACUCACUUACAAGUUUCCCUCUACAACUUCGGAUCACAGGCAGUUCUGCAGCUCAACGCAACAAACUUCGAGAGUCCCGUCAACGUUUCUGUGACCUUUGGGAUAAACAGCUUUUUUUCCCACUCGUUUCAAAGCUCUGACUGGCAGAACGGCCUCAUCCUGGACGUCAGCGGCUGCAGAUCAGGAGACCGUGUGCUGUCAUCCGGUUCAGUGACGUUCCAGCCGGAAAGCUGCUCCAACCUGGUCUGCAACCAGUCAGCGGUCCUCGGAGUUGUCAGCGUAUGUGCAGCCGUGGAGAUGUGCAUGAGCAACGGCGGGUGUGCUCCACGGCCCUCUGUGUGCUCUGUAAUCGGCUCCACCGUCAUGGACUUCUCCAGCAGAGUCCACUCCAUCACCAACAGGUGUGUUUACAUUCUGAUGACAGCAGGAGGAGACUCCGCCUUUAACCUGCUGGCGGCUUUCCGGGAACAACGGAGACGAGACGUGAUGUUUCUGGACCACCUGAUUCUGUGGCUGAGCGGUCCAAACGUGACCAUUUACCUGGAGCAGGGCGGGAGAGUUCAGGUGGAGGAGGAAGUUCUGCAGCUCAACGCCACGUCUCGACUGGUCCACGGCGUGGAGCUCUCCAAGGACCAGACGGGGGUCACCGCCAGCAUCCCAGGGGCCAAUGUCACCGUCUACUUCGAUGGCAGCGCUGCACAUGUGGCAGGAAAGCCUCCAUCUGUGGAGGGUUUGUGUGGAAACCCAGAUGAUUCCAGCCUGAACAUCAGCCUGAUCGCGGCCAGAUCCACAUCCUACAGCGAGGCCGGAUGUGACACCGAGUACACCGACGUUGUUGAUCCCACCAUCGACUGCAACAGCACAAGGCAGCACUGUGAUCUCAUGAGGCAGCCCCCCUUCACAGCCUGCCACGAACAUGCUGAUCCAGAACCCUUCAUAACCGCCUGCGAGACCACUCUGUGCAACUACCCGGCGGUGGACGGCCUGAGGUGCCGCUUCCUGGAGGCGUACGCCAAGUCUUGCAGCCUGCAGGACAACGUCCAGCUGGGGGACUGGAGGCCGGCGCUCAGCUGCCCUGCUGCUGCUCCGGUUCCCUGCCUGGACGUCUUCUGCAGCCGUCACGAGUUCUGUGGGAUAGAAAACGCUCAGACUCGCUGCCUCUGCAGAGCCAACUUUGCCUCCAAGUACAAAGCCACAAACGCUUUAGGUGAGCCAACCGUCUGCAUGCACAGCUCUGCUACGCUCUCAUUGGCUGGCUGCCUGCUGGAGGAGAAAGGCAUCGACUACACCCAGCUACAACUGGCUGACAUGAACUGCCCAGGUCUCGUGGACCAGCAGACCCACAUGGUGACCUUCAGCUUCGGCCUCAACAACAGCUGUGGGACGGAGGUCAUUACGAACAGCAGCCAAGUCAUUUACCGGAACAGCAUCAUGGCGAGGAACAGCUCCGCAGAAGGCGUCAUCUCUCGCCACAGUCAGGUUGACAUUGACUUCUCCUGCUACUACGACAAGCCAGCCAUAAAGACCGUGGCCUUCAAAGUGAAAGACAGCACCGUGAUUGAGCACAUUGUCGCUGGAAUCUGGAAUUACACGCUGAUCAUGAACGCUUACACCGACCCCGGCCGCACGCAGCUCAUCGACCCCACCUCGGAGAUCGGGCUGAACCAGAGGAUCUGGGUGGAACUGAUGGCAGAAGGGCUGGACGAGGAAACCGUUGCCUUGGUGAUCGAGUCCUGCUGGUCAACCAACCAGCCGUCACCUGAUGGAGGCGUGAGAUACGACCUCAUCGUCCAGGGAUGUCCCAACACCAAAGACCAGACCGUCCAGAUGGACGUCAAUGGAGCAGGAACGUCCAACCACUUCUCUUUCAACAUGUUUGAGUUUCCUGGGAAUGAAGAUGGAAUCUAUCUGCACUGCAGACUGGAGCUGUGUCUCCGACAGGGAAACUCCUGCAUCAAGGUCUGCGGUCAGAGAAGGAGACGCAGAUCUGGCCGAAGAGAUUAAGGCAGACCAGGACGUGGACCCGGUGGACUGACCACGCCUCCUGGUCUGAUGAAGAGAUUCAGCCCCUGAAAUUAUUGAUCUGUAAACUGCUGGAAGCACUUAUCAAUAUUUUUGAUUAGCGAUGGAUUAUUGGGAUGACGAGAUGGAGGCUAAAUAUAAAAAUGGGAGAUUAAUGAAGGUGUUGUGAUGAACUGGUGGUGGGAAUGAUUCUGAUAUGGACUUAAUCCAGAUUAUAAUGCGGUGGUUUGAAAACAGCGAUUACGUAAUAGUGAUUAUCUGUUUGGUAGGGAUUUAUUGAUCGUGUAGUAAAGGCCAGACCAGAUGUUGUCAGGACAGUAAUGCAGAUGUUAUUGAUGAAUGGCAGCAGAUGCUUCUAAUGCCAAAGAUCCUCAUCAGAAACAUGUAAAUCUUGAGAUGAAACUGAGAAGCUGAAAUAUGAACUUUGAAGGAUGUUUAAUAAUAAGUUAUGAAAGUGGGAUUACCUGGUGAAGGUGCUGGUGAUGU